AUGUCGUUGGCUCUACAUGGACAUCAUAUUUUAGUAAUAGCUACAUUGGCAUUCGCUACAGCUGUGCUCUUACCAAGUUGGUAUACAUCUCCGAAUGAUCAAAUACAACGAAAUGUUUUUGAUAUAUGUACUAUAAAUCCAUAUUCAUGUCGUUGGACACUUCUACCAACAUCAGAUAAUAUAACAAUUCGAACAAUUUUUCCAAUACUUGUUGCUUCGACAGCUAUUGCUUGUGCUGGAAUAAGUCUAAUAGGUCUUUUAUUUGGUUCAUGGUAUAUUCAACGAUAUUCAGAUGAUAUUGGCUCAAAAUGGAUACUUAUCUUAACAACUAUUUGUGUUUUUCUUAGUUUUGUCUUGUCUUGCGGUGUUUGGGCAAUUAUGUUAACAACAAAUUUGCAUCAAAAUGAUACGAAUAUUAAAACCGUUCGACUUGAAGAUUUCGGAUUUUCAUUAUGGAUUAAUAUAGGCGCAUCUGGUGCUUAUUUCUAUUCUUUUUUCAUUUAUCUUAUAACUGCUUGUAAACAUUGUUAA